AUGGCUCGAGUUCUGGUAUACUACUCUACUCAGACAGAUACGUCCAAGUUAUUGGGUCAGGACUUCGGAGCGGUUCUCAAUAAUACAUUUGGUGAAGGCAUAUGCAAAGUGACUAACAUUAGAGACUUGGAGGGACUAGACGUGCUGGGAGAAUUUGAACUUGUGUGUUUUUUCAUCAGCUCUUAUGGAGAUGGCGAACAAUGCGAUGAAGGAAUGGAGUUUUAUCAGACUUUGAUGUCAGCGGAUGACGGUUAUUUCGACAAAUCAUUGACUCAUUUCACUCUGUUCGGAUUGGGGAGCUCUCUAUAUGAUUUGUAUCAGGGAGCAGCCAAAGACUUCUACGGGCAACUACUUGAAAAGAAACUCGAUUCUCUCGGGCAGUUCGGAAUGGGUGACGAUGGCCUUGCGACGUUGACCGAUGAUUACGAAGGGUGGAAAUUUGAUAUUCUUCCUCAGAUAUCGGAGUAUUUGAGGAUUCCCUACCAGGUGAGUGAAAAGUACAAAGGGCGAUACAGAGUUUUGGAAUUGGUAGAGGAGAAUCAACUGCAUACUCAUUUUUCUACUGCCAACAAACCUCCUUAUCAUUCUGACAAACCGUACGUUGCACACAUUCAUGGCUUGAAACGAUUAUCCGCGGUCAAUAAAGAUUCGAAGACUGUGAUUCAUGCUACCAUAGAUCUAGACUCAUCAGAUUCAGGACUUCACUACACUACGGGGGAUCAUAUAGGUAUCUUCCCCAGUAAUAGCGAUGAAAAUGUGGACGAUUUCUUGAAGAUAUUCGGACUUUACGAAAAGAAAGAUCAACAUAUCAGCAUUAUUCCUGUUGAUAGAAUGUCUACAAAGUGUUUUGUUCCUUCUCAUACCACAUACAGGCAGAUCUGUAAGAAUUUCCUUGAGAUCAAUGCCUGCUUGAGUCGGAAGAUAUUGAGACAAAUAUCCGAGUUGUUUAUCUCAUCUGAACAGACGAAACAGCAGUUGCUAGAACUAAGCAAAGAUAGGAAAACGUUCAUGGAUAGAGUUGUAUCCAAGCAUAAAACUUUAGCCAGUUUGCUGGUUAAAUUCGAUACGGACUGCUCAAUGAUUCCAUUUUCCUUUCUAUUGGAGUCCUUGGGACCACUUAAACCUAGAUACUAUUCAAUUUCUUCUUCCAGUGUAAAGCAACCACAAGCUGCAGAUAUUACUGUGAGUACUGUGCAAUCGGAAGGGGACAACUUUGAAGGAGUAUUCUCGAAGAACUUGAUGAAUAUGCUUGAUGAUAAGGAUCAAACGUUCUCGGUACCCAUAUUUUUGGAGCAGACUAAAUUUAGAUUGCCGUUUGAUACUACAACACCUAUCAUUAUGAUAUGUGCAGGAGUAGGAGUCGCGCCAUUCAGAGCAUUUAUACAGGAGCGCACCAAGAGUACUCCUACCAAGAAAAGGCAGACUACAAACUUGUAUUUAUAUUAUGGGCUAAGAAACAUUAGCAGAGACCUACUUUACCGAGACGAAUGGGAAAGCUAUUCAAAUGAUGAAUUGGUGGUGAAGUUUGCCGAAUCCAGACCUUCUAAAGGUUUGAGAAAGUUAUAUGUUCAAGAUCUAUUGCAAAAGGAUGCGGGACUUAUCACGGAUCUAGUAUGUGAACAGAAGGCUAGUAUAUACGUGUGUGGAGAUGCAAAGAAAAUGAAUAGGGGAGUGUCAAAGACUUUACUAGAGAUAAUUAAGGAGAAAAAGGGUGGAAUUAAGCAGGCAGAUAAAUUUCUAAAGUACCAGAAGAUACUUGGAAAGUAUCAAGAGGAUGUAUGGUGA